GCUCGCGCUGCCUGUUCAUGAACCAGUGCGUGAUGCCGCCGACCGUGAACCUGUCCGUGAUGAAGCCGAUCGUGUAUACCUGGUCGUGAGCCUGUUCGUGAGCCUGCUCGUGACCACGGCGCUCAUGUUCAGCCUAGCGAUCGCGUGGCGCCCGGGGAUCCUCGCGUCGAGCCUCACGGUGUUCGUAACUGUGAACCUGGUGAGGCUAGUCCUCAGCAUACCGGCGGCCUUCACCGUGGGGCCGUUCGCGAAGCUGUUCGCGGUGCCGUCGCCCGUGCCCCUCCUGUUCGGGAGGACGCCGUUCGUGUACCUGGCUGUGGGCAUGGUCGAGGGCAGUCUCGAGAGCACGUGCACAGAGAGGUUGUUCGAGAUGACGGCGUUCCUGUAUCUGGUCCUGCAUCUGGUAUUGCGCUCGGUCGUGAGGCAGCCGUUCGUGCACCUGCUCGCGAUUCAGGGGCUGUUCAGGUACCUGUCGACGAUUCGGAUCAUGGUGCCGAGGCUGGUGAUCUACGUGGUGGACUUCCUGUUCGGGAUGAGGCUGUUCGUGCACCUGCUCGGGAGGUUGCCGUUCGAGAACCUGUUCGUGAUGACGCCUUUCAGGUACCUGGUCGUCUGA